AAAACAGGGGGUUAGGGUUUUGCAGUAAUGUGGAAUGAAGAAGAAGGCAUGAGAGGGGGAAGGAAGAAUUUGAAGAGGGCUGUUGAGGAAGAAUUUUUGACUCUUCAAAAAGGGCAAAGUAUUAUGCAGGUUUUGGACCUUCGAGGUUCAAAUCUUAUUCAAGUAAGGGAUGCAAAAGGUGAAACAUCAUUAGCAAUAUUUCCAGCUAAAUUUCAAAAGAGCAUGUGGAUAAAAACAGGCAAUUUUGUUGUGGUUGAUGAGAGUGGUAGAGAAGAAGCUACUGAAUCAGGUAGAAAAGUGGGAUGUGUUGUUACACAGGUUCUCUAUUAUGAUCAAGUUCGUUUGCUUCAAAAAUCACCAGAAUGGCCAGAGAUCUUCAAAUCCACAGCAGUAGAGAGUUCGAAACAGGAUAAUACGCAAUCACACAAUUUCCAGAUGAAUGAAAGUGAAGACUCAAGUGAUGAUGGACUCCCUCCAUUAGAAGCCAAUACAAACAGAUCAAAUCCCUUUCAACAGGAUUCGGAAACAGAAUCUGAUUCAGAUACCGAUCCCUGAUCCAUGUUUUGGUACAUUUAUGACUUCAUUUCUUUUUUGCAUAUGAAGUAGGUGUAAAGACAUUUAGUAUGUGGCAGUCCAGUGUUAUGAAUUAAGGUCAAUGAGCACAUACUAAUGUCUGAUUAGCUUUUUUGCCUAAUGUUGAUAAAAAUUUGUGAUGCAAGGGUUUCAAUAUAUAUUUUACUGUAUUUCCUUUGGAUGUUUGA